GAGGCGGUGCGGCCCGGGCUGGAGGGCCCCGGGCGCGGGAGAACGGCACCCUCUGCGCCGCCCGUCCCGGCUCCGGAAAAGGGUGCCGCGGGGCGUCUGGAGAGGGCGGCGCCGGGCCCCAGGGAACAUGGGCGUCCUCAGGGCCGGGCUCUGCCCAGGCCUCACCCAGGACAUGGUCCAGCUCCUGAGGAGCCACGGGAUCAAGACAGGUGACCGCGUAUGGGUAAAAGCCAAGCAUGGGCAGCCCCGCCCUUCGUGCCGAUCAACCACGCGUGUUUUGCUUUCAGUGGUGGACCUGGCUUCCGCAGACCUGGAAGAGGUCGCGCAGAAGUGUGGCUUGUCUUACAAGGCCUUGGUUGCCCUGAGGCGGGUGCUGCUGGCUCAGUUCUCAGCCUUCCCCUGCAAUGGCGCCGAUCUCUACGAGGAACUGAAGACCUCCACUGCCAUCCUGUCCACUGGCAUUGGAAGCCUAGACAAACUGCUCGAUGCUGGUCUCUAUACUGGAGAAGUGACUGAGAUCGUAGGAGUCCCAGGUAGCGGCAAAACCCAGGUAUGUCUUUGUGUGGCUGCAAAUGUGGCCCAUGGCCUGCAGCAGAACGUCCUAUAUGUUGAUUCCAAUGGAGGGCUGACAGCCUCCCGCAUCCUGCAGCUACUUCAGGCCAGAACCCCAGAUGAGGAAGAGCAGGCAGGAGCCCUCCAGAGGAUCCAGGUGGUGCGUGCCUUUGACAUCUUCCAGAUGCUGGAUGUGCUGCAGGGCCUCCGAGGUGCUGUGGCCCAGCAGGUGAGCCAUUCUUCAGGAACUGUGAAGGUGGUCAUUGUGGACUCCGUCACCGCCGUGGUCUCCCCACUUCUGGGAGGUCAGCAGAGGGAAGGCUUGGCCUUGAUGAUGCAGCUGGCCUUGGAGCUGAAGACCCUGGCCCGGGACCUUGGCGUGGCUGUGGUGGUGACCAACCACAUGACCCGAGACAGGGACAGCGGGAAGCUUAAACCUGCCUUGGGUCGCUCCUGGAGCUUCGUGCCCAGCACCCGGAUCGUCCUGGCCAUCGGCGAAGGAGCAGGAGCACCGGGCAGGCAGCGCACGGCGUGUCUGACCAAAUCUCCCCGUCUGCCAACAGGUUCUCAGGAGACGGUAGACAUUGGGACCUGGGGGGCUCUGGAGCAGAGCCCACAGUUACAGGGAGAGCAGACAUGACUGUGCUGCUCAGUGGGAAGGGAGAGGCCUCGAGGCCCCGGCUCUCCUGUGCAGGAACGCCUGCUGUUCACUGCCAGCCAGCUCUUGGGAUGCAGGACACGCUCUCCGGCCCGGCAGAAGGGAAUCUCAGAUUCCUCAUUUUGUUCUCUCUGUGGAAACAUAGAGAGGAUGGCAAGAGGCUGUAGUGGAGGCCCCAGAAAUUCAUGCUGGAGUCAAGUUUUCUUCCCUGGGUUCUACCAUGCGUGUGUCUACUGGAGCCAAGUUCAUUCACCCUGGCGUGGGGCAUCUCUGAAGAGGCACGCUAGUGACUGGAUGGUAACCCCACGCAUCACCAUCGUGCCUGCGCUCCAUCCAAAUACAGUGACUGAACCAUGAAACUUGCCUUUGCUUCUUUUGUUUUUGUUUGUUUGUUUUGCCUCUGUUUUUCCAUCUGUAAAACGAGGCUCUCUUCCCCUUAGCUCUGUUUUUGAGUUACUGAGUUGCAAUAAAUGCAAAAACUCUUCUUCA